AUGGCAAGGGGAGAUAACUUCUUUUCUGACACCCUAACCUAUUAUAAUAAGCAGAGCACUCCCAUGUAAGUUACUGACACCCUAACCUAUAAUAAUAAGCAUAGCACUCCCAUGUAAGUUACUGACACCCUAACCUAUUAUAAUAAGCAGAGCACUCCCAUGCAGAGCACUCCCAUGUAAGUUACUGACACCCUAACAUAUAAUAAUAGGCAGAGCACUCCCAUGUAAGCAGAGCACUCCCAUGUAAGUUACUGA